CCAACGUCGUGAUCAUAGCAGACGUCAGUUAAUAAAAUCCAUUCUUACUCUUUUAAAAUAUUUUUAUAGUAAUUAGUUCUAGUUCAAGUUCAAUAAAAAUGGGCUGGGAAAGAUCAAAUGAAAAUUAUCCCAGAAUUUGGUCCGAGUUUACUUGCGAAAAGACGAAGCAAAAAUUUAUAAUAAAGGAUCUAUCAGAAGAAUAUUAUGAUAUGUCACUUGGGUACAUGACGAAUAUAUUCCUUAAUGAAUCUGCUAUAUGUAAACCUUUAAGAAUCCUAGAGGAUCCAGUAUCUCGUCUUCAAAUGCAACAAAAAUGGAUGAAGAUCAUGCGUUCCAACAUGGCGAUUAUCUGUUGCACUGUCGACGAUGAGGUGCCGAGGGUCGCAGCCAUACAUUUCACAGUUAUACGGGAAAAGGGACAGGAACAGCUUAUCAAAGACCCUCCAACGUUGAACAAAUACGAACAGUUCACGGCAGUGGUGGAGGAACUGACCACGUCAGGGGACCUGUUCACCAGGUUCGAUUCUGACGUGUAUCUGUUUUCACUGGGACUGUUCGUAUUGCCGGAGUUCCGAGGGCUUGGGAUUGCUACACACUUACUAAAGUCUAGAAUAACAAUGUGUCGGGCCCUAGGGCUCCGCGGGACAGGGAACGUGUUCUCGACCCCGGGCGCGCAGGCCGCGGCGCGCUCCGCCGGCUACCAAGAGGUCGCUGCACGUAUCUACGAGGGGCAGAAGCUUGCUCUAAUGGCUGCCGAUGUGCUGUGAAGAAAAUAGUUACUUAAACAAAAGACAUGCCACGAGUAGUGAUAGCCAAGUACCGAAUAUUCGGCCACACUGUCGGCUGAAGCGUCGAUUAUUUGAUGACCGAAUAUUUGGUAAGACAUGUGUACUAUUUUAAAUACCACAUAAUAAACAAAUUAAACUAUACGUUGAAAUCCAA